AUGGAGGAAAAGUCUCAACCUGUUAUAUGUUCAAGGUUGUAUAUCUACUGUUGAAACAUGUAUUCUUCCUCAAAAACCACACUAUAUUUUAUGCGAUCUUCAUUCAGGAUAAGGCUGGCAAACGUUUUACAUACAUGCUCACCAAAUUAACUUGACAAACGUGCAGCUCCCCCUGUGUCUGCGAAAGCAAAUCCUGCGCUAACUUUAGCGAGCUCUUGAAUGCAUUUAUAAUUCAAGUGUCUUUUCGUUGAAAUUACAAAAACGACUUGUGUGUGUGGAUCUUAAUUUUUAAGUAGAACGAAUAUAAAAAAACUGGAAAAUAGUUGAUGUGGAAAAGAAUAAAGGGCAGCUUAAGAUUAAGUUGAGUGAAAUCAUUAUUUUUCUUGGAUGAGUAUGCUUUUCGCUAUAAACUUUUGUGUUACGUUAAAUUUUUAUCAUAUACAUAGAUCGAGUUUAUUAAUAUCAAGUCAGAAACAAUGUAGUAGCUACGUCACUUCUGCGUGGGUUUAUCACUAAUUUAAUAUAUGAAAUGCUUAAGUAAAAAUUUAGCGAAAGUUUAGAAUAUUGCGUUUCAAAUAAUCUCGACCUCUUUGCAACUAAAUAUGACAAAGCGCAAUAACAGAAAAAAACAAAUACUGUCAAUAGUUGAUAACUAUAGUGCACGCGUGUAUCUGCAUUAUGCAACUUAGUGUAUGAAUCAGCAUUCAGCAAUAAUAUAUGAGCUGUCCCUUGGUUGAUUUCUCUAACUCGAAAACCGAAGUCCUCCUUUCACAAACAAUUACUCGAUAGUGGAAAAUAUCAAGCAAGCAAUUAUAAAUAUUAGUUUGGGAGCAAAUCGAAUUUGUGCUUAAUAAUUCAUGAACAUAAUUAUCACUUUCAAAAUUAAACUGUUUCGCACAAAGGACGAAUCACCAAUUCAAAUCGCCCGUGGGAGAGUCCUAUUCAAGUUGAUCAUUUAGAUUGUAACGCUUGCAUAUUGUAAAAAAAUGUAUCUUCAAGUACAAGUCAGUCUCCGUCACGCCAUACAGAGUACUAUUAAUCGAGAUAAGAAAUAUUGGUUUGUUACGACGUAUUUACACCACGCCAAAUAUAUCGGCGGUUUUUUUAUUACCUACUUAAUUUUUCCUGUAAAUACCUUGAGAUCGAUGUGUAGAUAAAGCUUAGCCUAUAUUGAUUGGGCAAUACGAAAACAUCACUUGCAACACAAAACACUUGCAUGGCCAGGUUCUUUUAUAAAACAUGAUAUCCUGGGUUAAAAACAUAUACAACCAUAUCGUAAAUGAUUCACUUAAACCAAAAAGGGCCAACCGUUGUCUGUCGAUGCGCGACUGACACACGCUAUGUCAAUAAAUCAUUUUGUAAAAUAUUACAGGAUCGAAAUGACUAUAUUUUCUAAGCUCAAAGCUUACGUAAAUGUUAGAGAAUGAUGUAUAUAGGGGCAUAUACAAGCAAACAUAUACCCAUUGACAUAGGAAACGAUGUUUUGCAGCAUAAAUUUAGCUGCACGUGUACGUUUUUUCAAGCAGAAAAAAAUUUAAUAAGAUUUGAAAAAGUUUCUUUGUAAACCUAUAUUACCAACUUGAAACAUAUGUCACAGUCUUUUUUGUAUAUGCAACGCAAGAAUAGAUUUUCUGUUUUGGAAAUAUUCUUUUCAAUAUAGAGAUAUAUAAAGUAUAUAAUAGAUCAAGGUUUUCCGACUAUUGAGUGAAGCCUAUAUCAAUUUAUGUCAAACAAACAAUGUAAUAAAUGUUAUAAGGGAAAAUGUACUUUUAUGUACAUUGGCUUAAUGAACAAGCCCUUGUAUAUCAAGGACACAAAAAGGAAGUAAAAGAAACAUAAAAAAUUGUAAUAAAAGAUUCCUCUUUCUGUUGACACAAAGUUGUAUAUGAGAGGGCGGUGCUUAUGCGCAUGCUCGUGAAUAAUAAUGCGGUAAGAUAAAAGAGAGAAGAUAAUUAGUAGUCAUUAGAUUUGCUAUGAUAGUAAUCGCGAUAAGGACAAGGUCGUUAGGUCCGUGCAGCUGACCUCAAGUCAAGUGUUGUGUGGAUCAGCUGUCCAUUUCUUGACCUUUAUCAUUAGGAUAAUUUCAGCGUCGGUUUCACUCAAUAAAACCUGGGAAGAGACGUAAAUGAAAGCUGCUAUAUCACACGAUAUAAAAGCAAGCAAUUUUCUACUCAAUUGUCAAUACUGCCGACUUGCCGUGUUUGAAGGAGCAGCUUAACAUUUAAGGUAAGUUUCCAACUAGACCAUUUUGUUACUGUAACGUAAUUUUAUGUAGACACUUUUAAGUGUGCUUGUUAGCAUAUAAGGUAUUUUAAUUUAUAUGCUCAAAACUUAUCCAUGCUUAGAGAUAUGGGGAUUAGGCUCUUUUACGAUAAAUUUAAGUCCUUUUUCAGACAGAUAAUUGGUGGGAUUUAUUCAACUUAGCGAAUAUAGAGCCUGCUAGCAGGCUAUGUUCAACUCUAAUUUAAUAAAAUGUAACGUUACUCCCUCUUUCAUCCAACGGUAGAAAUUAACGCAACAUGCAUGGGGCGCAUAAAACUACAAACAAUUCAGAGUUUUUAAACACGAAUACAGAUGGCUUAUGAAAGAAAGAUAACACAGAAGACGCUUUGUCUAAGACUCUCAAGUAUUUCUUAAAAGUUUGACGUUUUCCCAUCAGUUUUUUCAAGGGUUUUUUUCACCCAGAAAGGUGAGCUAAAUGUUAAUAACUAGACCGCAUUCUGGGUUUUUUUAAACUACCUAAAUACGAGAAUGAAGGAUUAUGCGUUAUCUGUGGUACAGAUCAUGUAAAACCGUUAAGGAAUGAGAAUUUAAAGGAAUUUUAAUUCUCUCGAAUUUAAAACACUCUUGUAUAACGGACAACACUGAAACAUAGAAAAUUGUUAAAAUUUCUAGCUCACAGCAACCAGGUAUAGUAGCUUAAAUGUUUUGCUACUCUCAUGGUUUAAGUAAAUGAAUGUAAUUCCCAAACAAAUGACAUUCACGAUCCAACAGUCUAGUGUCAUCGUCAACAAUCAGUUACCCAUUGACUUUAGACACUAUAUAGACUGGAUUGUCGAAACGUUGGGUCGUGAAUGUAAUUUGUUCGACGAUUCAUUUACCUAACCAGAGUAGCUAUCCGAUAGGAAUUUUUUUCCUUUAGGGAACAACGAAUCAAAAUGAAUACAACUACACUGCAAUUAUUGUUCCUACUUGGAGUAGUAUCGUGUAUACUUCUCGAAGUGAACGCCCGUGCGGUUGAACAGCCUUGGGAGGUCGACGACUACAAUGAUGAUCAUUUCCAAGACUAUGAUGACGGGUACGAGAGAGAGGUCCGCCAGCCUCUUAGAUAUGGCAAGAGAAGAACUAUGGGCAAGCUCUCUGAUACAAACACCUUCAACAAAGGACCCCACAUGCAACCUCCCCCGUAUUACAAUUCACGGCAAGAGGGGAAAUAAAAGAACAACUCUUGAGAUUUUGGUGAGUUUUUCUAUACAUUUGUAUGCCUAUCUUUGAAUGUUUAUAGGAUAUUGUAAUGUAGCUUCAGUCUGGGACAAAUGUUCAAUGCUAUACACGGAUCCUGGACUUGUUUCAUCGUUUAACGAGUUAAAACAAUGGAAAAUUUGAUUGUAUACGUGCAUAAUCAUUUUAUGUGUAAUGUAUCGUUAAGUUAUACAAUUUAUGCAUUACUAUGAUUGUUUGACAUUCUUCCAUACUCCAUAGUCGUUCCUCAAUUUUGUUCUCUAAUAAUCUCUAUUAUAAGGGAUAUCUCCUUUAGCAUUCUACUCCAUUUUUUUCCCUAGGAUUGGAAAAAAUUAUAUAUAUUGCCUUUUCGUUGCUUACGCCAAUGAUGUGUCACUUUUACUUUUCACGUUCUUACAAAUAAUUUCUCCUAACAAGAGAAAAAAUACUUGCUCCUGAGACUUAUUGUUUCUUCAUAUGGGAAAUGUAUAUCCCGCGUGUCUCCUAUGUUACAUGUCCACUACUUUGUGCAUGAGAAUCCAUACAAUUUUGUCGGCCAAAAAUAUUACUGAAAAAUUUUACAAAUUACGGUAAAUUAUUUCGAAAGUUAUUGAAAAAUGCGGAAAUUUUUUUCGGCCACGCCCUUUUGGUCGGGCAAAACAAGCCCCCCCCCCCCUCCCCAGCCAUAAUACCGAGGUUUCGCCCCUGAUUUUGUAUGUACCCUUUCUUAAUUGACUUUCUUAUAAGGAUAUAGCGGCAAAGAAAGCCUUGAGGUACUCCAUAUAAUUCGAUAUAUAGAUCCUCAAUAUAUAGUUGAUAACUAUAUUCUAUCACCGUUGCGGCAAACAUUUUUAUUUUUAUUACACGUUUCCAUUAUUUUAUUUCACUUCUGCCAUAUAAGCGGAACUUCAAUCAAAACUGAUCAUUUCGAAUGCACAAUUUUAUCGAUAUUGCUCAUCGGAAAGCAGGUGCCGGUUAAUCCCUAUAUAUCUUAUGUUGGACCGCGUCUUAAUAUAGAGAGAGUUUAUAUGUACAUUUCUUAUCGUUCUCGCGUAAUUGGGUAGGCAGGUGCCAUUACAACACAACAGUCAAUGAACACCCGUUUCUUUCUCAGAAAAUACAAUAUAUUGUAAUCUGCAUAUUCUUUCAACGUAUUGAAUAUUACUUGAACGGUUUGUGCGGCCAGUGCAUUUUUUAAGGAUUCUUCAGUGGUGGGGCAAAACUUCCAAAGGGCCCAUUCUCUCAUUGCCCUCCCCCCAGGAUAGUAUGCAAUCGCCGAAGGUGUGAGCAGAGUACCCACAGGUACGAGUUAGCCAGGGGGUCUCUGAAAUAGCAUUUCCUGCAUUCUGAGAACACAUUUUAAAAAAAUCUCAGCUUCUUAAAUUUGUAAUAAAUUGCAUGCUAAACAUUCAAACACAACAUAAGUUUAAGUAUAAUCACCAACAAGUUGUUUUUUAAACUUCUUUUCAGUGUUAAACUCAUUUACUCAAUACCCAUUUUUUAUUUUUUUUCUUCAGUGGUGGGGCAGGGGAAGUGGCCCAGUGUGGGGCAAAUACCCCACCAGUCCAUGAUGGUAUUAAAAAAUGCCUUGAUUUGUGCCAGUGUAGGUAGUGCCAAUAUUAAGAAAGCUUCGGAUUGAUACAACUACCUGAAAAAUACAAACUAUUAACUUCCCAACGAAGGGCCUUCGCUCGAAACGUCGACGUUCUCCUUGAAAUUCGAGUCAUCUUUUUGUCUUUUGAAUGUAAAACUUUUUCUACUUUUUAAUACUGACAAAAUUGACGCACAAAUUCCUCACUUUGAUAAAUAGCUUAAUGAUAACGUGACCACAUUUAACCAAUAAGAAUGCUUGAAAUAUACUACCUUUUCAUAUAUCUCAAAGUCCAAUCAUACGAGGUAUCGAUUUCAGUUCCUGAAAUAUUAAAUCAGCGGGGACAUUUUAUUACAUAAAUACGAGCUUAAAUACAUGAACGAAAAGGAAUGAGAACGAAGGUAGGGGCGGAGUGAACGCUGGCUGUUUUAUCAUCUUUCCGCUCUGUGUCCGAAAAUAAUUUUCACAAUAUUUUUUGACUUUUCAAAUGGUGCACGCUUCUUGGCGUUCAAUGGUUGGGUGCAUAAACAAAUACAAAUUAAAGUGGACCAAAGGCUCUUCGUUUGGAAUAUCUGACACACUACAUCGUUCAAUUUACAAGGAGAUUUGAAGAAAAACCUGUUCGAGGCUUUGUACAUUAUGUACAUAAUGUAACAUAAUGACAUUGUGUUCUAGACGCUAGUUCCUUUAUAAUUAACCAGUACAGUCCCGACGUCUCCAUAUUAUCUUAACUAUAUAAUCUUAAGAAUCUUACGAUUAUCACUGUAGAUUUUUUGUGGUUCAUUAUUUCACUUAAUUCAAACGCCUACUGAUGUGUUUACGCUUUAAAUAAGCCAAUAUUGUUGCGGAACAACCUCCAAUAAAAUUUCCUAACUAUUUUUAAUGAAGUAAUUCACACCUUCACUGGAGAAGAAAAAGGAUGACCUUAAUGGCACUUGUGGCGAUUAUGAGCGCACGGGUUUUGAGGAUUUUGUAGAUGAAAAUUUCGAAUGUAAAAUUUAUACAUUUAUUCAGUUUAUAUGGUUCUCUAUAGCGCCUCGAGGGUCGGUUUUCCUUCGCCAAAGAAUAGCACACUUCCACCUUGAAGUGCCUAUGCAAGAAUUUUUUUAUGAUUGAAUUGCAAAUUUCAUUUAAAAUCAUAAUGUAACUUUUUUUCUGUGACCAGAGGUCAAAGAAUUUGCAAUAGAAUUUUUUUCAGUGGUAAAAUGUGAGGGAGGGUGUCCUGAUUAACAUACUAAAAAUAAAAAAAAAUCCCUUCGGUGGAACAUGGUGAAAAUCGAAUUUUUCUUACUUCUACCUAUAGAAAACCAUUGUGGACAGAAUGUUCAAAUUUUGAAAUCAUUUUUAGGCAAAUGUAACCUACAUUAUUGGAAAGCUUAAACAAAAUUAUAUAAAGGUCAAUUAAACCGUUAUAUUCAAUUUACUGGUCAGUUUGUCGUUAUUCUAGCCCAAAGUUGGAAAAAUAGCUCAAAAUUUGCACAAAAUACAAAUUUAUGGCAUUUUAAAUCUUGUAUAACUUCGGCUGGAUAAGCAAAGCAAGGUAACCGUUUAAUGAUCUAUAUUUUAGUUUUUUCUAAGCUUUCCAAUAAUGUAGGUUACAUUUGCCUAAAAAUGAUUUCAAAAUUUCAACAUUCUGUCCACAAUGGUAUUCUGUUGGUAGAAGUAAGAAAAACUCGAUUUUCACCAUGUUCCGCCGAAGGGAUUUUUGGGGGGUUUUAUUAUGUUAAUCAGAACAACUUUACCACUGAAAACAAAUCUAUUGCGAUUACUUUGAUCAGAACCAUGUACUUAUAGUGAUUUGACUGGACUACUAUGUCUUUCGUGUAUAUCAAGAUAUUGGACUUUGUUUGGCAUGCAAAUAUGACUUACAUGACGUCACACUGCAUAGUGUAUUUGCAGAAGAUUGUUUUUAGCUUGAUAAAAUUGUCUGAUUAACUCAAAUUUGCAGACGAAAUGCUAGCUUUGAUAGUUGUUCUUAAAGUAUAUAACUAAAUGUUAUCUUUCUAAAAAUCGUUAUGCAGUGUGACGUCAUUUAAGUCAUUUUGCAUAUCAAACAAAGUCGAAAAUCUUGACAUACAGGAAAGAUAACAAAGUUUCAGAAAAUAAGUUACAAGAUUUUAAAUGAAAUUUGCAAUUCAAUCAUAAAAAAUCUUGCAUAGGCACUUUAACUGUGUUCCAUGAUCACACAUGCAUGGGUCGCCCGAAACAAUCACGUUUGAGUUGCGUGAAAACACUUGCAGAAAAUUCACCUGAUUUUAAAUUCUGUUUUUAGGAUGUGGAGAUGAUGGAAACGAACAUUAUUUUCUACGUAACUUGUUGA